UGCACUAGAAGCGCAUGUCACACUCUUUGCUAGUGUCUGCUCGGAAUCUCCGAGCUGGCCAGCAGAGGUAAUGGCAAUUGAGCAAAGGCAUAGCACCUCCUCAGGAGAUAACUAUACACCUUUAUCCUUGAAAACCACCAGAAAGAACGAGGAUAGACCGUGGAAACUCCGAUUAAUCUAUCUGCAAUGCUAUCUCAUUUCAAUUGCCUGUAUCCUGGGAACAGGGAUAUUAGGCUUACCUGGUACAGUUGCACAUGCUGGACUACAGCCAUUUUUGGUUUCCUUCAUAGUGGGAUUCUUUAUGCAGGUGCUGUUGAUUUAUUUUUUUGUUGAUUUGCUCCAACGAUGUCGUUUGGUCCAAGUUGAGGCUGCAAAGCAUUUAAUGGUCGAAAGAAUCAUUAUGCAGGAUGUCAGUGGUCAAGAUUCCCUUCCAAGUUCCAUUGAAGAUGAGGAAGAAACUGAGGAUGCAGAUCAUGUGUUGUUGCACCAGAAUAAUGGAAUUGACCAUUUCGAGGAGGAGCAAAUGCCAAACUUGCACAUAUUGGGUGCCCUUUUCCUGAACAAGUAUAUGAGUUAUGUUUUUGACCUUCUCCUAAUCCUACAAUUUAUUUCAAUUGGAAUCAGUUACGUCUUGGCUGGUAGUGAAGCUUUUGCUGAGCUGUUGCAAAUCAGGCAUGUCUAUGUCAUUCCAUUCUUCACAUGGAUCUUGUCUUUUGGAAUUAUUUUGGCUCAAGUUAUUAUACAGCCAAUCACAUCCAUUUUGACCCUGGCAAAGGGAACUAUGUUAAUCAUCACAGUAAUUGUAACCUUUGUUGUUGGCUCUGAGAUCCAUCAAGAAAUAUUCAACGAUUUCUGUAACAUUGGAACACCCUUCCUCAUGGGCACUGUUGCACUUGGAGGUAUUGUAAAUGUGAUGCCAAUGCUUUUCUCUGAGAUUUCACAAAACAGGUCCCAGAUAAUGUGGUUCCGCCGAUCUGUUACUGGAGGACUUACUACUUGUGCUAUACUGAACAUUCUCUGGUGUUGGGCAGUACUGGACAUUGUUCCCCAGACAUCUGCACGGAAAGUUCUAUUUGAUGGAGAUUUGAAUACCAGUGCGUUUGCUGCACAUCAUGUGGUCCCUGGCUACAUAAUGACCUACUCUAAUAUAUCUUUGGAAGCUUCUGAAAAAGCAGGGGAAAUAGCCACCAUCCCACUGACAAAAAUUAUAAUGGAACAGUACAAAAGGUUUGCCUGGGUGGCCUGGUUUACAGAGAUUUUUAUCACUGUCAGCAUUACAGUUUCUUUUCUCGUGCUUGGAUCUGCAAUGAAGCACACAUUGGAGGGUUGGGUAGAUUCCUUCUGGAACGAAAAAUGUGAAACAGCUGCAGAACGUUGUGAAAAGUCUUGCUAUCAAUUAAUUAAGAUCAGUGGUGCAAAAAGUUUGACUCAAGGAUUAAUUUGCCUGCUGGGAUUCGGGAUUAUUUUUUUGGUGGCUAUGUCUAAUCCUAAGGGAUUUGUUGUUGCGCUUGAUAAAGUCACCUCAUUUGCUUUAAAUCUUGAAGCUGGUUUAUUCAUUUUCCUGAUGCUGAGAAAUUCUCGAUCAGAGCCAUAUAAGCUUAUUACAGUGCCUUUGCCCAUGAGUUCAAGGAUCUUCUUCUUACAUUGGCUUCUCCCAAUCUAUUUCCUGUUUGCUGUGGGAUAUGACAUCUAUCAAACUUUAUCACGUGGUUGGUAUCACUCAAAUUCACUGUCAGGUAAUGGUACAGUCUGAGAUUGUACAUUGCUUCACCGUAUGACUUCAUGAAGCUUGUUUAGUAAGAUUUUGAAAGAGAAAAAUGGGUUAUAGUGGAUUUUACUGAAGCUAUAUUUUGUCUAAUUCUUAUUUAUUCUGUUUACAAUAACACCACAUGAAAUAAUGAUGUACUGUUUGCAACUAAGCAGUAUACAUUUAUUGUUGCCUUAUUGAUGUAACUCUGCCGUUUCUAUGGAGUUGUUGGUUGGUUCCUGAGCUGACUGGUUUUCAUGCAAAUGUUUAAUCUCCCUUCUAGGUGACAUCGUCAGUGGUAUGUAGCCUCCGUUGAAGCACUAUUGUUCUGUCCCACUCUGAAUUUGUAAGGUCCGGUCUGUCAUGACGAGCAGUCUGGUUUCUCAUUUUGUACCGUAGUGGUAUGUAGAUGGAGUCUACUUCAACUGUUUGUUAAUUGCAUCGAUGGUUGAAAACCUUUUGUGCUUGACUUUGUCUCGCUUGUCCUAGUACUGUAACUCUGUCCCAGUUUGAUUGGUGUCCUUCUAUGUUGGAGUUCAUUGAAUCAAAAGGAGAGUUGGUUGUGAUGUUUUGCUGCAUGUUGGUGUUCAUGUGUCCUGGUAGCGAGUUUCCUGCCCAUUAACAGCCACACUUCACCUGUUACUCUCAAAGACAAAAGAUUCCACAAUGAGCAGGACAGAAGUGACAUACAAAAUACCGUGCAGCAACAGUGAGAAAUGCUACAUAGGCAGGAAACUCGC